AUGAGCAAAACACAUUUUCAUGCGCACGUAGCGCAAAACGACGCCGAGCUAAAGGCUGCGUAUCAGCUGCGGCUAAACGUCUUUCAGCUCGAACAAGGCUAUAAUGAGGAACACGAAUUCGAUACGCUCGACACAAUUGCCGCGCCGUUUGUCCUGCUCGAUGCACAGAACGCGGUACAAGGCGUAUUGCGCCUUUUGCCCUACCCACUGCCGAUCGCCGCAGAUGAUUUUUUGCCGAGCGAUGUUGUAGACAAGGAGAUUCUUGUUGGCGGCGGGCGCACGGUUUUGGAGAUGGCGGAAGCAUUCGCAGCAAUGCAGCAAGUCCGUCAAAGGACCGAGCGCGGUGUUAUCCUGUCCGGCGCCAAGUUGGGCCGCCUCGCAAUUUCGAAGCAACUGCGCGGCCAAGGUUGCGGUAGUAUUCUUGUCCGCGCAGCUGAAGCAUGGCUUGCAGCCGCUCUCGUCAAAGCACCCGCUGCGGAGAAAGCACAGCACGUCGAGGCCGUCGUGCAGCUAAGCUCUCAGGUGAUUGCAAAAGCAUUCUACGAGAGCUUGGGCUACGCACCCGAAGGUGAAGUGUACUUGGAAGAAGGCCAGCCGCACAUCCGGUACACAAAGCGUAUUCAAGUACGCGGGUAA